UAUAUGCACUAGUGUCAGAAUGAAAAUGGCGAAAACCAAAACAAUAAGCAAAGGAUGUCCAAAGUGCGAGCAACAGGUGCCCGUUGCGUGCAAGGCCUGUCCCUGUGGCCACUCUUUCUUCAAUGCACGUCGUAAUUCGAUGAAGAGUCCACCCAGUCCUGACAGUGGAGUCAUGAAAACUCGUAGAACGAACAGAAUUAAACGACGAAUUAAUUACUACGAUGCCCUGGAGUUUGAUAAACAGACUCGUAAAAGUGCAAAGAUUCGCAGGGCAGCAGAAGCUGGCUCAGACCACGACUGCCGACAGUUGAACAAGAAAAGAAAGCGAAAAGGAAAGCCAAAAGGCAGACCACCUGGCAACGGUAGUGUAGGUGACGACGAGGACGAUACUGAAGGUGUGAGUACUCUAUCACCAGAAAAACAACUCACCUGCUCUCUGAUACUCCAAGAGUUGAACAAAAAAAUGGGCACUGUCGCCUGGAAGCCAACGUGAUUCACCAAAUUCAGGGGAAAUAACUCAAAAAAAUGAGUAAAUUAACCCUGACAUUCGUGAAUUCAAUAGUAUCCAUUUGGAAAAUGUUCGUAGUCAUGGGGUUAAACGUGUGCCAUGUCCAUUGCAAAAGGAAAAAUCGUGAAUAAGUGCAAUGAUUUAUUGAAUUGAAUUAUUUUCGAUGAAAAUACUGAUCUCAACGUUACUGUGAUUAUUCAACAGUCAGUGGAUAUAUUUUUCACUCUUUCUACUAAUUUUCAUCGAUAAAGUUGAUCUAUUGAUUGUGCAACUUAUCGAACAUAUUUCAACAAAUUUCAUUCGUCAAUUAAUCUUUUUCUUCCACUCUAUCGUCUUUUGUGCAUGAAACUAGGAAAUUAAGUGAUUAUUUACAAUGAAAAUAGUCAUAAUCUAUGUGAAUAUCUUAUCCGUUUAUUCUCGGAAUAAAUCCUCGAAUUAUCACCAUUCAAACAAUUAAUGAAGGGAUGAUGGAUUAGUAUUAAAUAAUAUUCAUCUCGUUUAAUUUCAAUGAUCGAUGAUAUAAAAUAAUUCUGCAAAAUACUGUAGUUUAUAUUCUGCACCACAGCUGGAUGGGGCAUCGUUAAACAAAAAUACUUGAUCAUUCAUGGAUAAAUUCAUUGGAUCGAUACCCUACAUGGUCACUGAAGUCAUUAAAUUACAAUAUUUAUGAUCAAAUAUGCAUCACCUUCGACUUGGUCCAUUCAUUUGAAACAAUAUAUCCCUAAUUAAUUACAUGUUAACAUACUUUCAUUCGUGCAUGGACAUCUCAUUACAUGUCGAAGAGAUUACGAUUAUUUGUGAAACUUUUCUUCGUGGUAUUUCAAUCGUAAGGAAAUAUAGAUUUACAAAAGUCAGAGUUUAA